AUGCGUGUAAGUACCCACCUUCGAUCACCAAACGAGGCUAUAGACUUACAUUCACUGUCAGGUCGCUAUUGCAAACGAAGAAAAAUUAAAUGUCAUUACAAUAUUGACAACAUCAAUGGUAAAUGCAAUGCUUGCUUCAAGUCAUCUACAGAAUGUCACUUUGAUGUUCCUCCGGACGGCGUUCUGAGAAGUGACGCAUAUGUCGCGACACUGGAAACGCGAAUCAAGAGUCUGGAAACACAGCUUCAGGUCGCUCAAGCCCACCAAUCUACACCUACCAGCAAGCACUGUCUCACACCCGAGACAGUGAUAUCCCCGUAUCAGACAUUUGACAAUGCGCUACCUACCUCACCGCAACAACAUCGACCAGGCAUCCACCCAAGCCAAAGCUCCUUGCCCAUUGCAUCGGAGCAACAUCUCAAGCCGCAUGAGUCAACUCCAAUGAGUUUACUCCCCACAAUCCGUGAGGCACAGACACCAGCCGCCGAUUUGACAAUGAUCGAAAUGGUUUACGGGCGCACAGGCGUGCCCCAGCCUGAGGUCGAUACCCUUCCUGCACUACCCUCGAGUAACGGCGCCAGAAAGCUUGUUGACGCGGCAUACUUUUAUACCCAAGCUCGAUACUCUAUAGUUGACUGGAACCAGCUGGGCAUUUGGCACCAGCAACGAGAAAAUUUUGCGCUCAUGUCUCCCGAGGGCCCAAUCAAGGCACAAACGGGUGCCUUCUUUGUCUGGAUAAUAUAUGCCAUUGGGGCUCGGUUGAUUCCAGACCCAGAGGAAACGACAGAAGCAAGUGCGUACUUUGCUCGGGCGCGAACCUACCUCCCUGCGGUGAUGUCUUUACAAGACAUGGCAACUGUACAAGCGCUUCUUUGUUUGGUACAAUAUUAUUUCAGAGCACAAACAGAAUCUCCCAUUUGGCACCUUGUUGGCCUGGCCUUACGCCUUUGCGUCAAGCUAAGAUAUCACCGUACACUUGACAACUCGACUGAAUCACGAAUGCUAGAUCCUUAUACCAUGGAGCUUCGGAAACGAUUUUUCUGGUGUGCAUAUUGCUUUGAUAGGUUUGUCUACACAUCGCUGGCCAUUUGGUCAAAGCUGCCAUUUGGCAUCAGUGAUCUGGACAUAGACAUUGAGGUGUGCUUCUUCUGUCUAGACCUUGGCGCUUACACUUUUUCUCCUAACGAUCAAUUCCAGCUUCCGGUUGAUCUCGAUGAUACUUGUACCGAUCAAGACGAGAUUCGGCGAAUGCAGCUACUCCAAAACCAUUCGUUCGGGAAUUGCGAGAAUAAGGCAAUCACCACGAUGACUGCUGCCUUGCAUCAUCUACUCGUGUACCGAAUCCGGUCGAAGAUACUAUACACCGGCCCGCACGCAAAAGUUCCGUCAUCGACCGAGGUGCAAGGAAUCCUUCACGAGCUUGGGCAGUGGAAGCAGCAAGCACCAGAUGAGCGAUACUCGAAACGAUUUCCGCAACAAAGCCCCGAUCGUGUACAGGCGACAUACACUCAGGCUGUACUCCUCUUGAUCCGACCAAUACUCAUGGCCAAAGAGGUUGAUCCUGAUUUGAUAGGGCUGUGCGUUGAAUUCGCGGUUGAGGCGUGCUCGAACGCGAAAACAUUGAGUCUGAAUCCUCAAACACCACCGGAUCGCAUCACGGUGUACCAUUGCUUUUACUGUGGCGUUACUUUGUUACAAUGUCUGGCGAUCUCACCAAAUGUACUAACGGCUCGACGGACCCAUCAGGCGAUAAGUGCCUGUCUGAGUGCGUUGUCCGUAUAUACUCGGGUCUUGCCAGCCAUCGCACCCUUUUUGCGACUGUUCGAGGAUCUCUCAAACCUGUUGGUCUAUGGCGAGCAACCUUCGGAUACCCAGCUUCCCGAGGUUCGCAGUGUUCUAAACAGGAUCGUCUCAAGUGAUCCGUCAGAAGCAUCUGGAAUUCUGGCCUCCCUUUUUGGUGGCAGGGCCCGAGAAGAAGGGGCAUCUGUGCCCACGUCGGAAACUUUGGCUGCGGAAGCGAUGCUAAGCCAGCCGACCCAGUAUGAUUCUAUCCUCGGUGGGCAAUCAUCGGUUGCGUUCGGUGCAGAGUUUUCCCUUGAGAUGCCUCUUGAUAUGUCUCCACUCUAUGCACCCGAACUUGAAGCUCCGGGGCUCUGGACUGCACCAUGGAUCCAUCCAUCGUCAACGGAAUUUAUCUGA